CACAGUUUCGCAGCUCCUAUAACAAGACGAGAGUGUUGUCUUCGUUUCUUCCUCUCUUCCACAAACCCACAGCAGCCAUGAUUAUCACAGAGAAGAAUCGGAGAGAGAUCUCCAAAUACCUCUUCCAAGAGGGAGUGUGCUUUGCAAAGAAGGACUACAACCUAGCGAAGCAUCCAGAGAUCGAUGUACCAAAUCUCCAGGUGAUCAAAUUGAUGCAGAGCUUCAAAUCGAAGGAGUACGUGCGUGAGACCUUCGCUUGGAUGCAUUACUACUGGUACCUCACCAAUGAUGGCAUCGAGUUCCUCAGGACUUACCUCAAUCUUCCAUCCGAGAUCGUGCCUGCCACUCUGAAGAAGUCCACCAAGCCACUAAGUCGCCCCUUUGGCGGUCCUCCAGGCGAUCGUCCCCGUGGUCCAAGGUUUGAAGGGGAUAGACCAAGGUUUGGCGACAGGGAUGGGUAUCGUGGGGGUCCUCGAGGACCUGCAGGUGAGUUUGGGGGUGAAAAGGGUGGAGCGCCAGCCGACUACCAGCCCGCUUUCAGGGGCUCUGGUUCUGGUGGAAGGCCUGGCUUUGGGCGUGGAGCUGGAGGUUAUGGUGCACCACCACCUAGUUCAAGCUUUUCUUAGAUGUUCAAUUUCCCAAUUUCAUUGUUUUUGCAAAUUAGGGUGUCCACUCCUUGAAUGGAUUUUAUGCUAUCAAAGUAUUUAUUCUCUUGUUAAGUACAAUAUUGAGAUGUGCUAUCAAAGUAUUUAUUGUCUUGUUAAGUACAAUAUUGAGAUGUG